AUGAACACCCAAAGAGCUUCCGUGGAACGACCAAACGAGGCAAUCAUGUGCGCCAAUGGAUGCGGCUUCUUUGGAACAGCAGCGACGAUGAAUUUAUGCUCAAAGUGUUACAAAGACCACGUCGUGAAGGAGGAGGCAGAAUUAGCAUCUGAAUCUGAUUCUGAUAUAGAUGAGUUGGAGGAUGAGAUGAGCUUAAUGUCAUUAGAAGGGAGAGAAAAAGAGAUAUAUAUUAUGGACUACAUUCAGGCUGAAAAGAAGGAGAGUGCAAUACUCAAGUGUUGGUUCUGUAGGAAGAAGCUUGGAUUGGUGUCAUUUAGCUGUAAAUGUCGGAGAAAUUUAUGUAAAUCUCAUAGGUACCCUGAAGAUCAUCUGUGCAACUAUAAUGAAGACUAA